AUGAUGCACGACAUUCGUCUCUUCUGUCCUCGCUGGUUCUUACCAAUACUACUACCUUUUUCCUCACUUCGUUCUGUAUCUCAUGCAGAGAUGACGGAGAUGACACCAAGUCUAGACUCGCCACCAUUGCACAACGUUGUGUCCAUCAAACAGACGAUCAUGUUGGCACUAGACACUUCGUUCCUGUUUAGCGGCAUUAUCUACGGUUCGCGUGUGCUGGUGCCCAAACCCAUGACGUAUUUGUCCGAGAUUGCAUUCCCUACUGACUUUUGCGGGAAAUUGGCAGCGUCGUUCACGUUGUUCAUGCUGAACGGUCUACGAUGGCUUUAUCAGGAGAUUUUAUACUCGUGGGUGCUAUAUCAUCGAUCAUUUAGUCGAGAUCAACAGAAUGUUGUAGUCAUGAUGGAGACUCUGGUCUGGGGCACGUCAUCGAGUAGUUUGUGGAUGGAAUAUCGACGUGGCUUGACUCCGUCGUUGUUUUUGCGGUUCUUUUGGGUUACGAAAUGGAUUGAUGCUACCUACUUGCUUGUCAUCGACGGGACAUUUGCUGGGACGUCCUAUAUAGACGACGAUGAUGCUAUGGCGUAUAUGAUUAGCAUAAUGCGGAGCGGUUUUUGUUACGCUUCUUCUACUGUCCUUGUACUGUUCAUGUUGGUAAGACCCACUAGUAUCACUUCAGAGUAUGUCACGUUCCCGACAGAAGUGAAUACUCCAUCAGCUUACCUCAACUCGACACACCAUCGGCCACCUACUUCUUUCUAUGGUUCCUUCCAAGACUGGGAGCUUGGAACGUGCCCAUCAUCUGUCAAGAGCGUUGAGGAGAAAGCAAUGCUUGACAUCACGAUUCCAGCGAUCACGUCUUCCGUUUGGCGGAACGUACGCUUUGUCUCGUUCAAGAUUGUUGUACAGACGGAUGAUGAUCACUGGACACUUCGACGGCCUUACAGUGAUUUUGCUGCUCUAGAUGAAGAGGUAAGCAAGGAAGUUCGCGCCGACUGCACGCUACCGCUGGAGGAAUAUGACGACAGAAAGCUAAUAUCGUGGAAGGAACGUCCGCGGUCAAUGAAGUCACGCCUUGAAAUGUAUUUGAAAAAGGUGUUGCAUCACCCGAAACUUGCUCCUUGUGCGUCUCAAGCGCUAUGCGAAUUCCUCGAUUUGGAAUAUGUGGACGACGUUGUAUCCGUGCGCUCAUAUCAUUGCGAUUCGAUGCUAUAA